AUGGUUUGCUCAACUGAUCUUUCAUACGCUAAGAAAUUUGUUCAACUUGAUGGAGUCAAGACUAUAUCAUAUCUUUUGGCAAAUCCAAAUUGCUCCGAACGUGUUGCUCUUGAUGUAAUGUUGUGUUUACGUGUGGUUAGCGAUGUAGACGGUGUGAGAAAUGCUGAUUUACGUGAAACGAUUAGUCGAACGCUUAGUAUGAUGGGUAUUUUUCGUAAUAAUCCCUAUUUUUUACAUGUUGGAUUCGAUUUUCUCGGGAAUAUAUCUGCAACAUGCGAUGGUAGCUCUAAUGCUAAUAAGGAUUUCAUAGCUGACUGUGGUAUUAUCGAAGGAACGAUUAAUUUGUUACAAGCUUACCACAAAAGACGUGAUGAAUCUGUAGUAAAAAAUUUAAUUUCUUCAAUGCUAUGGUCAUUACACGUUUUUACAGGCGGUUGUUCUUCACCCGAACGCAAUAUCAGCGUCAGGAAACGAUUGAUAACAUUUGAAGGAGCUCCAAGUUUACUUCUAUAUGAACUUGCUCAUCCCGUUGAUCUCAGUUCACGUUUACACGUAAUGAGCUUAUUCGCACGAUUGGUAGAUGCAGAUCAAUUGAAUCAUCCUCCGAUACUGUUUAAUAUCAGCGUUGAUAAUAAUUCCUUAACUGAAGUUUUAUUUGAAAUUAUCGCUACAACUGCAAAUACUAUAGAAAAUGAUGAAAAGGGAAAUCAUCAGAAGAAGUCAAUAAUUCAAAAAGCUUACGGUUUAUUAAUAUCUUUGUCAAAUUGUAAUACUAACUUCGGCAAUGCUAUCCGAUAUUCAUGUAGUUCAUAUCAAAUUUGGGAUUUAUUAUUGAGUUGUGAUGAUGCGGAUAUUGUAAAGAGUACCAUUGAUUUUCUGAUGUUUGUGAUCAAAGAUGAAGCAGUUCGUGAACAACUUUCCAAAGAUUGCACAUUAGUGGAAGCUGUACGAAGUUUAACAAUUCAAAUGAAUGAGAAUGGGUCAGCAGCUCAAUUUUUAUUGUUCCAUUUAACAACCGAAUCCGAUACCAUGGUUUCAUUUACACCAAUUCUGUGA